GGGCGCCUUGGGCGGGGUGGGGGCAGAGGUCUCCCCCGUAGCGCUGCAGGAGGCGGGCUGUCUGGCCGUCAGCCGGUCCUCGGCAUGGAAGGCGAAGAUGGUCACGUCGGCCUGGUGGGUGGGGGCGGGGCAGGUGAGCAAGACGGCGCCCGCGGGGGAGUUUCUCCCCACCGGGUCCUUCAUGGUCCGGGGGAAGAAGAACUUCCUGGCGCCGCAGCCGCUGGAGAUGGGCCUGGGCCUGCUCUUCAAGCUGGACGAAGGGAGCGUGGGGCGGCACACGAAGGAGCGGCGAGAGCGAGGGGAGGUUGGGGGGGAGGAGGAGG